UUGAUGUACUAUGUUGCCUUUUUUGGAUUGGAAACCUAAUUUACGUUUGAUUAGUUUAGGUAAGACUCUCUCUAGUAUACAUGUAUGAGGAGAUAUUCAUUCUCCAUCGGGUUUUUGAAUUAAAAACAAUUAGGUUUUGAUGAGAGAGGCUUUGGAGAGACACCAUUGUAGCUUUUUUGAGCACUUGUUCUUGCUUGAUAGUGAAAACCUUUGCUUGUUGGAUUUCCCAUGGACAUAGGCUUGGGCUGCAAAACGUCUUAGAGAUAGCGACCUAGUACGCAAGUCAAACCAAUUUGCAACUAAUUGAUUGUGGUAUUUUCUUUACGCGAGCAAGGAAGCUGCAGAGCAAUGAGAAAAUAGAUGGCAUGGAAGAGGGGGAAAUAGCAUCUGACAAGAAAUGCCCAAGUGAAACACUCAAAAAUGAAAGCUUGAUUCUUUCUGUUAAAAUCCCAAGGCCGAGAUCUCAGUUUAUACAACCAAUCAAUAACAUAACUGAUGGAGAUGAUUUCAGGAUUAUUCAAAAUAAUGAAUACAGCAGAGCAAGAUCAGGGAGUAACAGGGAUAAACACUUGAUUCUGUGGAGUGAUGACUAUGGUAAAGAUGAGGGGCAUAAGAGAAAUCUGCAAGAAAUUGAGGAGAAUCAUGUAAAUUUUUAUCUUCCUUCAAGAAAAAAUCUGAAAAUUCACAAUUGGAGUGAUGAUGAAAAAAUUUUGAGCCCUAAACAUGGAAGAAGUGAUUAUACUUUGACAGAUCAAGAUGAAUGUUUGGAUUAUACUCAUGCUAGAAGGAAGGGUGAAGAGUACAUGAGGAGGAAGUAUGACUAUGAGGUGAAAGUUUCGCAUGGUUACAAAUCUAGGGAAGGUUAUCUCCCUGGAAAGAGAGCGAGAAUCAGAAGGAAGGGAGAAGGUUCCCAAAGGAGUCAUCAAAUUACCAGUAGUCCUACCAAAAGAUAUCAUGUUAAUAGCAGAAGUUACUGCAGUGAUAAGGUUAGAGUGGAAAGCUCAAGUGAGCAAACAAGAAUGAAGCCACCGACAGCAGACUCAAUUGACUGUUGUGAUCUUGGACAACUGAAAUCAUCAUCUGCUGCAUUUACAAAGCAUCAUGAGCAAGAAACCCUGAAGCAAUGUUAUUUUUUGAGGACACAAAGAGAAGAUGAUAACUCCACUACCAAUGAGCAAGACUUGAAAAGGGGUCGUUCUAAAUUGGAGCGCUGGACGAGUUAUGAUGAGGAUUAGAGAAGAUGUUAAAAAACUGAAGAAAUCAGAGUUGAGUUCAAGUGUCCAAUCAAACAUCAACAUCUUGCUAAGAAGCCACAUCUUUCUGCAGCUCAAAUGCAUGUAGAUCAGACAACCUCAAAGUUUUCCAAGCGGGUGAUCACUGCAAGUUGCAAAUUACAGACCGUAAAAACUCUCCAUUGGAAUUUCUUAUACAAAUUAUGAACCCUUUCUAUAAUGUAAUUAGUCUCUCUUUAGAACUAGUUCCUCCCCCACAUCUAUAGAUAUUCAAGGUCAAGUAUAAUGAAAUAAAAACAGAUACUGAAAUUGUAAGUGUCUUGUGAUAUUGGUUGUACUGUAGCUGUAGCAAGAGGCUUUCGGUCCAUCAUACGUUGAACUUGGUAAAUUUCUAUGACAAAGAAAACUUGGAUGUAGCUUCCCAAGUGCUAUUUGAUACUUGAAGGUUU